UCAUCCCCUCCCUCCCCUCCCCACCGCAGCCGCAGCCCCAGAACAGAUCGGCAGGCAGGCAGGCAGAUCCAUCCUUCCUCCCUCCCAUCCACCCGCAUGGCCAGCGCCUCCCCACGCAUCCCGGGGGCGCCCGCCUAGCAUGGGCCAGUCCCCCUCCGCCCCCCACCCCUCCAAAUCCCCCAUCCCCUCCCCGCCCUCCCCUUCCCCCUCCUCCAUGGCGCCGCCGAUGCCCGCGGGCGCGGGGAGCGGCAGCCUCGACCCCACCCCCUCCACCUUCGCGCCGCCCCCGCCGGCCCGCGACUACACGCAGGACCUCCCCGACGAGAUCCUCACGCUCGUCUUCGCCUCGCUCACCCCGGCCGAGCGCAACGCCUGCUCCCUCACCUGCGCGCGCUGGAAGGAGGUCGACGCCGCCACGCGCCACCGCCUCUCCCUCGACGCGCGCGCCAUGCUCGGCUACAACACCCCCGCCAUCUUCUCCCGCUUCACCGCCGUCACCAAGCUCGCCCUCCGCUGCGCGCGCGGCUCGGGCGCCGACAGCCUCAACGACGGCGGGGCCGCCGCCGUCGCCGCCACGCUGCCCUCCGACCGCCUCGCCAGGCUCAAGCUCAGGGGCCUCAGGCAGCUGUCCGACGCCGGCCUCGCCUCCCUCGCCGCCGCGGCCCCCGUGCUCCGCAAGCUCUCCGUCGCAUCCUGCACCUUCGGCCCCAAGGCCUUCGUCGCCGUGGUCCAGUCCUGCCCCCUCCUCGAGGACCUCUCCGUCAAGCGCCUCCGCGGCCUCCCGGACACUUCGGGCGCAAUCACCGCCACCGCCAUCACCGAGGACAUCCUGUUCCCGCUCGCCAUGUCGCUGCGCUCGGUCUGCCUCAAGGAUCUAUACAGCGCCCUCUGCUUUGUGCCGCUCGUCUCGUCCUCGCCGAAUCUCCGCUCGCUCAAGAUCCUGCGGUGCUCCGGUGGCUGGGACCUGCCACUAGAGGUCAUUGCCGCCCGUGCUCCUGGCCUCGUUGAGAUUCACCUUGAGAAGCUCCAGGUCGGUGACCGUGGUCUGAGUGCUGUCUCGGCCUGUGCGAAUCUGGAGGUGCUCUUCCUUGUCAAGACCCCUGAAUGCACCGAUGGAGGCAUAAUCAGUGUUGCGCAGAACUGCCACAAGCUGCGCAAGCUGCAUAUCGAUGGCUGGCGCACAAACCGGAUCGGUGAUUGCGGCCUCAUGGCUGUUGCUCGAGGAUGCCCGGACCUUCAGGAGCUUGUCUUGAUAGGGGUCAACCCCACCGUGCAGAGUCUCCGGAUGCUUGGUGAGCACUGCCGCGCAUUGGAGCGUCUUGCGCUUUGUGGCUGUGAGACUGUAGGGGAUACCGAGAUUAUCUGCCUGGCAGAGCGAUGUGCUGCUCUCAAGAAGCUUUGCAUCAAGGGAUGCCCGGUCACAGAUCGCGGGAUGGGAGCACUGAAUGGGGGUUGCCCCAGUUUGGUCAAGGUGAAGUUGAAGAGGUGCCGCGGAGUAUCGUAUGAAUGCGUUGAGCAUCUGAAGAUGGCCAGGGGGGAUUCCUUCUCGAUCAGCCUGGAUAUUGUGUUGGAGCAUGAUGCGGUCGCUCCAAGUGAAAAUGGUGUGCAAGAGACUGGACAACAAGCACAGGUUACAGAGCUAACUGGUCAAAUGGCUGCCAUGGACCUUCCCACUAAUGCUGCUGGUGCACAAUCUUUUGCUCAGGCGAACAGUAGGAUGCGGAGCGUCAUGUCGGCACUUAGAAGGAGAUUUGGCAACCCUCCACCAGCGUGAUGUGGGAUAUGGAAAUCCAUGAACUCCUUUGCUAUUGAUCGUUUCUAGUCUCAUGUUCGUGUUCCUUAGCUUGUUACAUUUCAUAUCCAGUCCAUGCAAAACCUCCAUUAUGGAUAAUUCCGUGUUUUACUGUGGAGCUAAUAGCAUCAUCAGUAGUCUCCCCCUUGUUCUGAUUUUACCUUGCUAUGGUACAGCACUGCUGGUGAUCAACAUGCUUCCAUCCGUAUCCAGGAAAAUCUUUUUUUGUUUGUUUGCAUCAA